AUGUACUUCGAACAACCUUAUGGUGUUUCGCGACAAGCACCACCACUAAGAGGAGUUCGUCGGAUGAACCUACGACAAAAUAUUUCACGUCGUUAUUUUCUAUUUUGUGUCUGUGGUCUUUGUGUCUUACUUAUUAUUGGUGCAUUGAUUCCAUUAUUUGUCUAUUUUAUUUUCCGUUAUCGAAAUACUAUAUCAUUUCUUUUAUCUUAUCCAGAUUUUGUUUGUAGUCAACAUUCAUGUGGUUGUCCAAAUCAAAAUUAUGAAAAAUCUUUUAUGUCAAAAAUUGUUGGUGGUAAAGAUGCUUUACCAUUUACUUAUCCAUGGCUUGUUGCAUUAACUGAUCGAUAUACAACAGAUCCUUUUUGUGCAGGAUUUAUUAUUUCUUCCAAUGCAAUUCUUACUGCUGCACAUUGUUUAAUUGGUCGAAAUUCUAAUAAAUCACAAAUACUUGCAAGAGUUCAUGAUCUUCGUCAGUUCAAUGGUGAUCGAUAUGAUAUUGAUAAAUUGUUCAUUUAUCCUGAAUAUCAAUAUAAUGAUAGUAUGCAAAUUAAUGAUAUAGCUCUUAUUAAAAUAAAACGAUCAUUUGCUUCUGAUCUUCAACCUUGUUGUCUUCCAACAAAACAAUCAUCUAUUUAUCCUCCAGAAAAAACAGCAGCUGUUGCUAGUGGUUGGGGAAAAUUAGUAGCAAAACCAAAUAAUCGAAAUUCUCCUAUCCUUCAACAUGUUGUUAUGCCUAUUGUUGAUGAAAAAAAUAUCAAAUGUCAUCAAUCAAUUGUUGAUAUUAAUCGACAAUUAUGUGCAGGUUAUAAUAGUCUUUCAAUUGAUACAUGUUCAGGUGAUAGUGGUAGUCCAUUACUUAUUGUUGAAUAUAAUGAUAAAAAACAAGGACAUUUUGUCGCCACUGGAAUUGUUAGUUAUGGAAAUAGACAAUGUGAUACGUCAAUUUCUUCUGGUGUUUAUACACGUGUCGGGUUUUAUCUUCCCUGGAUUUAUGAUAUCUUAUUAAAUUUUUAA